CCCCCCCACACACACACCGAGCGCCUGACUCCGCUGGCCGACCCUGCCGCGAGGUGCGCGAGCGUGGGCUGCUGCGUGCGUGGGCGCCGGCGUUCGGCCCCUCGGAGCCCGCAGACCCAGCGUCUCCUCAGCUCAGGCCCGCAGGCUCCCGCGCGCCGAGCGGCGAUGACCGCCGAGGAGAUGAAGGCGGCCGAGAGCGGGGCGCAGUCGGCGCCACUGCCCCUGGAGGGGGUGGACAUCAGCCCCAAGCAGGACGAGGGCGUGCUGAAGGUCAUCAAGAGAGAGGGUAAAGGCACAGAGACACCCAUGAUUGGGGACCGAGUCUUUGUGCACUACACUGGCUGGCUAUUAGAUGGCACAAAAUUUGACUCCAGUCUGGACCGCAAGGAUAAAUUCUCCUUUGACCUGGGAAAAGGGGAGGUCAUCAAGGCUUGGGAUAUUGCUGUGGCAACCAUGAAGGUGGGGGAACUGUGCCGCAUCACCUGCAAACCAGAAUAUGCGUAUGGUUCAGCAGGCAGUCCUCCAAAUAUCCCCCCCAAUGCCAUACUUGUGUUUGAGGUGGAGUUGUUUGAGUUUAAGGGAGAGGACCUGACCGAAGAUGAAGAUGGUGGAAUCAUCCGAAGAAUACAGACUCGGGGUGAAGGCUAUUCCAGGCCCAAUGAUGGCGCUAUUGUGGAGGUCACACUGGAAGGGUACUAUAAGGACCAGCUCUUUGACCAGCGGGAGGUCCGCUUUGAGGUCGGCGAUGGGGAGAGCCAGGAUCUUCCCUGUGGGCUAGAGAAGGCCAUUCAGCGCAUGGAGAAAGGAGAACAUUCCAUUGUAUACCUCAAGCCCAGCUAUGGUUUUGGCAGUGUUGGCAAGGAGAAGUUCCAAAUCCCACCAAAUGCUGAGCUGAGAUAUGAGAUACACCUUAAGAAUUUUGAGAAGGCUAAGGAGUCUUGGGAGAUGAAUUCCGAGGAAAAGCUGGAGCAGAGCACCAUAGUGAAAGAGCGGGGCACUGUGUACUUCAAGGAAGGCAAGUACAAGCAGGCUUUACUGCAGUAUAAGAAGAUUGUAUCCUGGCUGGAGUAUGAGUCAAGUUUUUCUGAUGAGGAAGCACAGAAGGCCCAGGCCCUUCGACUGGCCUCCCACCUGAACCUGGCCAUGUGUCAUCUGAAGCUGCAGGCCUUCUCAGCUGCCAUUGAAAGCUGUAACAAGGCCCUGGAACUGGACAACAACAAUGAGAAGGGUCUCUUCCGCCGAGGAGAGGCCCAUCUGGCAGUGAAUGACUUUGACCUAGCACGAGCUGACUUCCAGAAGGUCCUGCAGCUCUACCCCAGCAACAAAGCUGCCAAGACCCAGCUGGCUGUGUGCCAGCAGAGGAUCCGCAAGCAGCUUGCCCGGGAGAAGAAGCUCUAUGCUAACAUGUUUGAGAGACUGGCUGAAAAGGAGAACAAGGCCAAGGCAGAGGCAGCCACAGGAGACCAUCACACUGACACAGAAAUGAAGGCUGAGCUGAAGAAAGAUGCUUCGGGGACCCAGCCUCAGGUGGAGACAGAGGCAUAGCCUUCCCAACCCUACUCCAUGCAGCUGCCUGCCUCCCUGCUCUCUUCCCUACCCUACCCUGUUAGUUUUGUAAAAACUGAAGAAUUUUCAGUGAAUUAGACUUUAUUUUUCUAUCUGGUUGGAUAAUGGCUUUGAGGGGGAAAGGUGGGGGUGUUGAGAUGGAUAAUUUGAGGUGGUAUCACCACCUCUUCCCCUGUUAUCCAUGAACACAAGUCCAUCCUCACAUAUUGAUGAAAAUGUUAAUUUAUUUUGCUCCCUCUGUUAAGUCCAUUUUUCAAAUGGUAGAAGGGGGCAGGUGGCAGGGAUAGAAUUUGAGGUGAGACCAGGGCAUAGAGGGAAAGUCCCAGGCAGCCGUUAUCCUAAUCCUCUGCCCCAGUCCAUUUGCAAACAUGUGGCCUCCCUGCGGUGCUAGGGGCAUGGGAAAAACCACUGCUCUGCCCAUUACCUUUUUUGUUCCCUUCCACACCCCAGAUGGUGUGAGUGAUGUAUCUUCUGGUGUCUUGGUGGCCACCCCUGUCUUCCCUUUCAGUAGUUCCCCUCCUGUCAGAUUUUCUUCUUGCCCUGGUUGUAACCCCAACCCCUAGCCUCUUCUCUGCAUGUUGCUGAAGGUCCAGGUGCGCCUCAAGUCCCAUGCUUGAGCAAUAAAGUGGAAACAACAAAACCUAUCUGGAUGUCAGGCACCCCUUUGUGUUCAGCUUUGGAGGGUGGAUAUGAUGAGUAUACCGGGCAGGAGCAGAUUUAUGGGUCACUUUCCUAGCCCCUAGUUCAGUUUAUGUAGGUGCAGCAUGUGAUACAGUUGCAAUCACGUGGCAGGAAGCAGCCCCCUUGCACAGGCCCAAUGAGCCCCAUGCAGGCUGCAGCUGGGAUUGUACUGUAGACCACCAUUAAGCUCCCAGUCUUACUACCUCUGAUUUUCUUCCCUACACCUAAGAAAAAGUGUAAACAUGUAGAAGACUGGGGCAUGCACAUUUAUUCUGAAGUUAGAUUUGUACUUCUGCCUCACUCUCAUUUGAUAGAGGCAUGUUUGUGCUUUCUUGAUUUGUGUGUUUUCAUGUGUUCUUUUUUCCUCAACUGGAGAUUGAAACCAGGACACUGAGCUAUAUCCCCUUUUAUUUUGAGACAGGGUUUUGCUGAAUCACUGGACUAGAAUUUAGAAUCUUCCUGCCUCAGCCUCCUAGAGUGCUGAGAUUAUAGGCAUGUGCCACCACAUGUGACUGAUUCCUUAACUAGGUGGAAAAACUGGUGUAGCUGACUGCCUCAUAUCAGAUACCUUUUACAUGAUUUAAAAUAAAGAGUACUGAUCGCACCCACCUUCCUUUUCAGCGACACCAAGAAAACACUUGUGUUGCUUUUCUAACCAUGCUUUGACCCUUGACUCCUACAGCAGAGCAGCAUGGGCCCCCUGGGAGAAGCCAGGGGGCCCUAGGUUGGUCAGACCAACCCUCUUCAUAAUUUACAUUGUCGAAGAUAGAUUUCUGUGUGGAAAAUGUCUCACUGAGCCAAACAACGUAGCUGUUGCUUGAGCCAGGACUACAAUUUUAGUGUUUCUGUGAGUCCUGCUUGCUUUAUUGCUAGGUUUAAAUUACAGUCCUGUGCUUGAAGUCUGUGUCUGGAUCCUUUGGGUGUUUCAAAAUUGGGCUGUUGUCCCCAUAACCAAUGAUUGUAGCUGACCCUUCUUAGGCACUUAUAAUCCUAGCACUUAGGAAGAGUGUUUUGUGGGUUAGAUUCUCAACCAUCCUACAAAAAACAUUACCCCCAUUUUUACAGAUGAGGAAAUUCAAGCUCAGAAAUUAAAAUGGAAAGGUCUGCCUGGAAGGUGAGUUCUCUGAACAAAACCAGACUGCAAUGGGGCUCAUAGGCAGGUCUUAGACCUCUUCAUCUGCAAAAACAGAUGAAAGCACUCCUAAGGUCCUGUCCAGCACAAAGGGUUCUAUAAGAUUCUAAGAAUUCAAAACUUCUGUAGAACACUUGGAGAUAAAUGUCUUACUUUACAGUAACAUUAAAACUGUCUUGUGAGGAUGUUUUGUUUUUUUGGUACUAGGGAUUGAACUCGAGAUGUUGCACUUGCGAGGCAGGCGGCGGAACCACUGAGCUAAAUCCCUGGCCCUUGUGAAGAUGUUUUGUUAAAAUAAUUUAAAGGUCGUUAAGGAUAAAAGUUCAAUACUACCA